UUCCAAGAGGCAGCUCAGACGACAGCAUUUCCCAACUAAAUGGCACUCUCCGUAAAUUCAUUGCAACUUUCGGUCAACUUCGACCCCACCUCACACUUCUUCUAUCCCGGCCAAAUACUCUCUCUGUAAAUCUUUUACCCCUCCUCCCCCUCACUUCCACAUCAGCCGCCGUCUAAAAUGGAGCGCUUCCCGGCGACCGCCGCAAUCGCGGCGUUCCUCUGUAUUGCGCUCUCCGGCUUCCUUUCGGUAUCCACCGGCACCCACGAUAUCACCCACAUUCUGGGCGGCCACCCAGAGUUCAGCACCUUCAAUUCCUACUUGACACAGACUCGUCUCGCCGCCGAGAUCAACCGUCGUCAGACCAUAACCGUCUGCGUCGUCAACAAUGCCGGAAUGUCAGAUCUGGGUUCCAAGCACCUCACCACCGGCGCCGUCAAGAACGUCCUCUCGUUACACGUUCUUCUGGACUACUUCGGCGCCGAGAAGCUCCACCGGAUCACCAACGGCACGGUGAUGAUCACUUCUUUGCUCCAGGCAACCGGAUCUGCCAACGGCAUGUCCGGCUUCGUCAACAUCACAGAUCUGAAAGGCGGAAAAGUCGGGUUCUGGCCGAUGGACAACAGUAGAUCCCCACCUGCCACAUUCGUCAAGUCCGUAAUUGAGCAUCCAUACAACAUUUCAGUGAUUCAGAUCAGUCGAGUCUUGACUUCUCCGGAGGCGGAAGCUCCGGCGCCUGGUCCUGCCGAGCUGAAUCUGACUUCUCUGCUGGAAAGUAAAGGCUGCGGAUUGUUCGCCCAUAGUUUGUCGGCCUCCCCUGAUGCUGCAAAGACGUUUGCGGACAGCGUCGACGGCGGAUUAACGAUCUUCUGCCCCUCCGACGACGCGAUGAAGAAAUUCGGGCCGAAGUUCAAGAAAUUGACCGGAGAAGAGAAAGAGUUGCUGCUGGAGUACCAUGGUGUCCCGGUCCACUAUUCUAUUUCGGAUCUGAAGUCACAUAACGGAGAAAUGAACACUUUGGCCACCGGCGAUGGUAAGAAAUACAGUUUCACGGUCCAAAACGACGGAGACGACGUGAAAGUGGAGACGGGGGUUGUGAAUGCGACAAUCAAGGAUGAAAUGCCUAAAGAUUCGCUGGGAAUUCUCACGAUUGAUAAAGUGUUGGAGCCCAAGGAGCUGUUCAAGGCAGUUGCAUCGCCGUCGCCGGCUCCGGCUCCGGCGCCGGAAGCGGACGCAGCGCCUCCGAAGUCCGGGAAGAAAAAGAAGAAGUCCCCUGCGCCAGCGGCGGCUGAUGCUCCAUCCCCGGCUGAUUCUCCGUCGGACUCCCCAGCUGAUGCCCCCAACGACGACGAUGAGACGGCAGAUGACAACGGCGCAGCUGAGUUCAACGGUGGAAGAUUUGUUGCUUCUUUGAUUAUAAGUCUUUGUGUUGCCUUUUUCAUUUGAGCAAGUUUUUCUUUUUUAUGUGUAUGUUGUCCAUUGACAUAUGUUCAGAAUCAUAUUCAUUUUCAUCUUCUUGAUCUUUUCCUAUUUCUAAGAUACAAUGUGACAUAAAAUUGUUUUUUUAAAAGAAAAUGUGUCAUGAAAUUAAUGAAAAAUGUGUGCAUAAGAAUUUGGUUGGUGCAGAUCUCUAUGGUUGAGAAUGAAACAAUUACCUAUCACCUCACAAGGCAAAGGUCUUUCAUUUACUUGAAGAAAAAUAUGCUUCUUGAGGCAAGGUUUUGAUGCAUAUUCUUCUAAUGGCAUCCAUAACAAAAAGGUGGAACGUUU